AUGGCCUCGCAUGGAAAGAUCACGUACACCUACACGGAUGAAGCCCCUAUGUUGGCGACGCAUGCUCUUUAUCCCAUCAUCCAGGCGUUCUGCUCGCAAGCGGGCGUUGAGAUGGAGCUGAAGGACAUCUCCGUUGCUGGACGUGUGCUGGCGCUCUUCCCUGACAUGCUCAAGGAGGACCAGCGUGCUGGGGACUUCUUAGCAGAGCUGGGGCGCUUGGCGCAGAGUGGCCAGGCCAACAUCAUCAAGCUGCCCAACGUCAGUGCAUCCGUGCCGCAACUCAAGGAGUGCAUCACUGAGCUGCAGAGCCAGGGCUACAACAUUCCGAAUUACCCGGAAGACCCCAAGGAUGACAAGGACAAGGAGAUCAAAUCCCGCUAUGCCAAGGUGCUUGGCAGCGCCGUGAAUCCCGUGCUGCGAGAGGGCAAUUCGGACCGACGAGCUGCCGUGCCUGUCAAGGAGUAUGCUUUCAAGUACCCGCACUCGAUGGGUGCAUGGUCGAGUGAGUCCAAGACGCAUGUGACGUCGAUGUCCGACGGUGAUUUCUACGCUCACGAAAAGUCUGUGACGAUUCCUGAGGCCUGCGAAGCUCGCAUUGAGAUGGUCUCUGAGAUCGGCGAGGUCAAUGUGCUGAAGGAGAAGAUUUCCUUGCAGAAAGGUGAAAUUCUGGAUGCGAGCUACAUGAAUUGCACCAUGCUCCGGGAGUUCUUCGAGCGUGAGAUUGCUGAUGCGCGCGAGAAGGAUGUGCUGUUCUCACUGCACCUGAAAGCGACCAUGAUGAAGAUCUCUGACCCGAUCAUGUUUGGGCACUGUGUCAAGGCUUACUUCAAGGAUGUCUUCAGCAAGUAUGCUGAGACUUUCGAGAAGCUGGGUGUUAACGCAAACAAUGGCCUUGGCGACGUCUAUAAGAAGAUCGCAGCCCUCCCAGAGGCAGAGAAGGCAGCCAUUGAAGCUGACCUCAUGGCCACCUAUGCCAAGCAGGGAAAAAUGGCGAUGGUGGAUUCACACCGAGGCAUCACGAAUCUCCAUGUUCCUAGUGACAUUAUCAUCGACAACUCCAUGCCGACAGCGAUCCGGGCCGGGGGGAAGAUGUGGAACAAGGAUGACAAGGAGGAGGACUUCAAGGCGUGCAUCCCAGACCGCAGCUAUGCCGGCGCCUUCGCAGAGUGCGUCGAGUUCUGCAAGAAGAAUGGUGCUUUUGACCCUAGGACUAUGGGUGCUUGCCCCAACGUCGGCUUGAUGGCACAGAAGGCAGAGGAGUACGGCUCGCAUCCGACGACCUUUGAAGCGGCAUGCGCCGGGACCAUCCGCAUCGUUGUGAACGGCAGCGACAGGGUGCUCCUGGGCCAUCGGCUGCAAAAAGGAGACAUAUGGCGUUCUUGCCAGACCAAGGAUGCUCCCAUCAAGGACUGGGUGAAGCUUGCAGUGCGUCGGUGCCAAGCCAAUGAUUUCCCCAGGAACGACAAGCCCUGCAAGGCAAUCUUCUGGUUGGAUCCUGCGCGUGCUCACGACUGCCAGAUCAUGGAGAAGGUCUACCAGUACCUUCCAGAAGUUCGCACAGAUGGCCUGGACAUUGAGAUUAUGUCGCCGCAGCAGGCUAUGCGCGUGACCUGUGAGAGGGCUAAGCAGGGCCUGAACACGAUCACAGUGACUGGCAACGUUCUUCGGGACUAUCUGACUGACCUUUUCCCCAUCCUUGAGCUUUGCACGAGCGCAAAGAUGCUCUCAGUGGUUCCAAUGUUGGCGGGCGGUGGUAUGUACGAGACAGGGGCAGGAGGCUCCGCUCCCAAGCAUGUCCAGCAGUUCACAAAGGAGAAUCACCUUCGUUGGGACUCCUUGGGAGAGUACUUGGCCCUCACCUGCUCCAUUGAGGAUCUUGCCAAGGACACCCGCAACAAGGCAGCGGCGGCCUUGGCGGCGGCGCUCAGCCGUGCCGUUGGCCGUUUCCUCGAUGCGAACAAGAACCCCUCACGCAAGGUCAGGGAGAUCGAUAACCGCGGAAGCCACUACUGGGUGGCCCGUUACUGGGCUGAGGAGUUGGCCUCCCAGGAUGAAGAGAAGGGUCUCAAGGCAACCUUCUCCAACGUGGCCGAGCAGCUGAAGGAGAAGGAAGCCGCCAUCCUCGCAGACAUGCUCGACUGCCAGGGAAAGGCCGUUGACAUUGGAGGCUACUACCAUGUUGACAAGGCCAAGGCCGACGUGGCUAUGAAUCCCAGCGCUACGUUCAACGGCAUCAUCACUCGUUUGGCUCAGGGCCCUGACGCCAAGAUCUAA